AUUCUAUACAUCAGCUGGCGAGUGAGAGGUGACCUAUCUCCUCUCUCUCCAUCCGGCCUAUUUAAUCAAUAAAUACAUGUAUUCAAACACUAGUUUAACAAUCAUAAACAGAUAAUGUGGUACCAUUAUCUUCCGUUUAUAACCCCCUUCAUAAGCCUUGAAGUUUCCUUAUUGGCAACUUCUCUAUGAUUUUCCGCCCGCUUCUGCUCAUAUUCCUAGCUGUCAACUCCGAUGCUCAACUUCUUCCUCCGGUCAAGAAUAUACUCCAAAACCACCUUGACAUCUUCCAGAAAGCCGUUGACGCAGGAGAUAAGGCGACGAUGAGCAAAAUGAUACCGUUGAAUCACAUUUCCGAUGAAACACUAGAUAAAUUCAUCAAGGCUCACAAGUCGAUGAAGAUGACUGCAAAAAGCGCGACGUUCAUCGGCACUGGUAAUACCCAGUCUGGUAUCUCUGGAGUAGUGGAGUACGCAAGAGGAGGCCGUACUAUUCUGCUUGAAGUAGUUGUUGAGAAGAGCCCUUCUAGUCCAUCUGCCUACAAGUUUGCGAGUAUCAGAACACCACCGGUCCCUUCCCAACGACGCAGUUUCCCGACUUGUAUGCUGGGAUUGGUCGCGUGCUACCUCCAUCUCAUUGAUGUUUUGCCAGGCAGUGCCGAGGAAAUUCUUAACUCAGUCAAGGCAUGCAACAUCUCCAGAGUUGAAGCAGCUGCAGAAGGGAUAUGGUGGUAAAUGCACCAGCAUCAUUUUUUCCAGGUGCACAUGGUGCAGCCGACAUCUCCACAUUUUUAGCACCCGUCGCAUCCAGCUGGCUAGGUGGAAAUAAAGCAGCCGACGCCUACUGGUUGAAUACAGGACGACCUACUUUUCCAAUAAGCACACGGUGAAUCAUAUUGCCUAAGAUGGUGCUGAAUGCUAACUUCA